AUGAUGUCUUCUACUACAGGGUAUGGAAGCCACGAAAAGUCUCCAGAAAGUCAAUUGAGACAUAGAGAUAUCAAUGCUAAAUCAGAACUGAUACAAGAAAAAGUUAACGAGAGAGAAGAUCUCUCGAAAACUGGAAAAGUGAACCCGUUGCUUCGUUUAGAAGCCUUUGUUAUGCCGAUUGUUUUUACAUUAUUGGCGCUAUUCACUAGAAUGUACAGGAUUAAUGCCAAUAGCCAUGUUGUUUGGGAUGAAGCUCAUUUCGGUAGUUUUGGUUCAUAUUAUUUAAAGCACGAAUUUUACCACGAUGUUCACCCUCCAUUGGGUAAGAUGUUAGUUGGAUUUUCAGGUUAUUUAGCUGGGUACAAUGGUUCAUUUGAUUUCGCUUCCGGUGCAGAAUAUCCAGACUAUGUCGAUUUUGUUAAGAUGAGAAUCUUCAAUGCGUCAUUCUCUGCUAUGUGUGUUCCGUUAGCAUAUUUCACAGCAAAGGCAAUCGGAUUCUCAUUACCAGGCGUUUGGUUCUUUACAGUCCUUGUUCUUUUCGAAAAUACUUACUGUACUUUGGGUAGAUUUAUCUUAUUAGAUUCUAUGCUGUUGUGUUUCACUGUAGCAUCUUUCUUCUGCUUCGUUAAGUUUCAUAACGAAAGGAAAAAGCCAUUCGGAAGAAAAUGGUGGAAAUGGAUGUGUUUGACAGGUAUAAGUCUAGGAUGUACCAUCUCAGUGAAAAUGGUAGGCUUAUUUGUCAUUUCCUUGGUUGGUAUUUACACUAUCGUUGAUUUAUGGAAUUUCUUAGGUGAGAAAUCCAUGCCAUGGAAAACUUACAUUAAUCAUUGGUUAGCUAGAAUUUUAGGUUUGAUCAUUUUACCACUUGCAGUCUUUAUGUGGUCUUUCUACAUGCAUUUCACUUUACUAACCAACUCUGGUUCAGGGGACGCCGUCAUGUCAUCUUUAUACCAAGCCACUUUGAUUGGAAGUGAAGUUGGUGCCGGACCUCGUGAUGUUGCAAUCGGUUCCUCUAUAAUUACUAUCAAGAACCAAAAAUUGGGUGGUGCACUAUUGCAUUCACAUUACCAAUUAUAUCCAACAGGUUCCCAGCAACAACAGAUUACCGCGUAUGGUUUCAAAGAUAAUAACAAUGAAUGGUUUUUCGAUAGAGCAAGAGGUUUGGUGAAUUGGAAUGAAACUGAAACUGAUGACGAAUUUGUUAAAAAUGGUAAUUCUUACAGACUUGUUCACAGGGGUACUGGAAGAAAUCUUCACACACAUCCUGUUUUAGCUGCCAUGACAAAGAGUGAAUGGGAAGUUGCAGGUUAUGGUGAUCAUGAAAUCGGUGAUCUCAAAGACAAUUGGGUGAUAGAAGUCAUUGAACAAAAGAAUGACGAAGAUCCUGACAAAAUACAUCCAUUGACUACCUUAUUCCGUAUCAGGAGUGACGUAAUGGAUUGCCAUCUAGCUCAAACUGAUAAAAGUCUACCUGAAUGGGGUUUCAGACAAGGUGAAAUCGUUUGUUUGAGAAAUGCACACAAAAAUGACAAAAGGACAUGGUGGAACAUCGAAACUCAUGAGAAUGAAAGGUUACCUGAGGCACCAGAGGAUUUUAAAUUUCCAAAACCUGGAUUUUUAGAGAGUUUUAUUCAUUUAAAUAGGGCUAUGAUGGCAUCUAACAAUGCCUUAGUCACUGCCGAUGACAAGUACGAUCCGUUAGCAUCCUCAGCCUGGGAAUGGCCAACCUUACACACAGGUCUCAGAUUGAAUCAUUGGGGUGAUGAAAACGUCAAAUAUUAUUUGCUAGGAACCCCUGUAUCAACAUGGGGAUCUUCCAUUGCAGUGUUGGGAUUUAUGAUUUACGUUGCAAUUUUGAUUUUAAGAUGGCAAAGACAAUACAGUGAUCUAACAGAUUCAACAGAUUUGAACUUAUUUUUAAUUGGUGGGUUCUACCCAUUACUGGGUUGGGGAUUACAUUUCAUGCCUUUUGUCAUUAUGUCAAGAGUCACUUAUGUUCAUCAUUACUUACCAGCAUUAUAUUUUGCUCUCAUAAUAUUCACAUAUGUACUUGAAGCAUGCACGAAGCGCCUACUGAAGACCAAGUUUGGUAGAGUCAGCAGAUUAAUGAUCUUUACCACUCUAACAUUGAGCGUGACUGCUUGUUUCGCAUAUUUUGCACCAAUUUCAUUUGGAAUGGAUGGCCCAAAAGAACAAUAUGCAUACUUAGGCUGGUUUUCAAAUUGGAUAAUCGGUCAUGAUUUACAAUUAUAG